CAAAAAAAAAACCCGAGAUCUUUCAAAUGCACAAAGAUAGAAAAUUUGCCUGUUGAUCACUUUAACCAAAAAAAAGGAUGAAUGAACCGAAACUUUUUUCAAGAAUGGUUCGAAAAAAUCAUUGUUCUUCAAGGUGCGUAAACAUCUUAAAUCGAAAAACCUGCCUGAAAAAGCUGUGCUAUUGAUCGACAACGCACCUUCUCACCCAGCAACAAGCGUGCUAAAGUCUUCUGAUGGACAAAUUUUUGCAAUGUUUCUCCCCCCAAACGUUACUGCUCUGAUCCAACCCAUGGACCAAGGAGUCAUUGCAACAAUGAAGAGGACAUACCGAACCAAGCUGCUAAUGACCAAAAUUGAAGGUUUUGAUCUGAAAAAGUUCUGGAAACACUACACAAUCUUGGACAGCAUCUACGAUAUUGCAUCUGCAUGGGACUCAGUGAAACCGUCAACCCUCAUAAAAUCAUGGAGAAAACUUAUGCCUAAUGUUGAAGCCCACAACAACCUAACCCCUUUGAGUUGUGAAGAAGAGAAUGAAGAUGUAGACACGCCCACGGCAACUCUUGCCGAUAUGAUGAAAACAGUUUUGGCUGGUGAGAACGUCGAUGCUGAAAACAUUAACGAGUGGUUGGAGUGUGACGUCAACGAACCUGGCUUCGGACGCUUGACAGAUGACGAAAUUGUGAAGAAAGCAAGGGGAGAGACCGAGAAUGAAGGAGAGCGAAGUGAAGACGAAGAAGAGCCCACUGUGCAGAUGCGGCAGGCUCACGAAGCGGCUUUGCAACAAGUCGACGGACUGCUGAGCUAUUUGGAAGAACAAGACGGCGCGGAGUUGGCCGAGAAACUUAUGCUACGAAAAAUGCAAUCUCGGAUCAAGAGAAAAUGCUUCCAAAGCAAGAAGCAAACACAAAUCACUGAUUUCUUCAGAAAGGUGUAGUUUUACAGUUAUGCUUUUGUAAUUACAUAAUACAUUACGGUAUUUAAUUACAUAAUACAUUACGGUAUUAAAACAGUACAUAUGUAUUAAUUUUUCUGUGUAUCCUUCACGCCUCUCGUAAGUACAAAGCACUUUUCUGUUUUCAUUAACAAAAUGCAUUUUAGGUUAGUUUUGUGUGAUAUACUAAAAUAUGAAGCGUUAGUUAAACAUUUCCUGCUGUUUAUUUUACGUUUUAUUGUACAUAAAACGAUUUUUCAAAGUUGGAAUCACUGUUUUCUCUUUUGCUAUACCCGUUUUUAGCUUUUUUCGGAUUAUCCGAAAAAUUCCGCGGAUAAUCGGGAGUGUACUGUAUUUGCCUAUGCGGGUGCCUUGUAACAUGACAUCGAAGAUAAAAGGAAGAAUUGCGGGAAUUUAAGUCAUUUUGCAAUAAUUCACCCGUCGAUUGCGUUGUCACUGUAUGAACGCGCUUUAUUAGUCAAGCUGUUUUAUAAAUGAGAUGAAAAUGCCAGUGCUGCUCUUCGUGAAUACCGACGGUUAAAACAAUUGCUUAGAGGACCGAUGACCAUAACUAACUUGCGAAGAAUGGUUGAAAGAUUUAAAACAACAGGAAUUCUUGGUGUGCAUCCAGGCCGAGGAAGUGAAGGAAUCAAGCAGGAAGAAGUUGCAACUGCCGUUAUGGAUCAGGCGAUAGCUAAUAAGCAAGUUAUCAGCAAUAUCACGACAGAUACCCCGUUCUCGACGAUGCAGAAAAUAUUACGUAAGAUCCUGAAAUUUUAUCAGUAUAAAAUAACCAUUAACUGAUGACACGGAUCUGAAUCUUGACAAUUUCUGGUGGUAAGGCAGUUCUGGUUCACUAGAAAGGCGUUGUGAAUCAAGGACAUGUUUCUGACAUUCCUACUUUAAAAGAUCAAAUAGUUACAUGUGAGACUGCCACAAUGUCGAUAUGCUGCGGGUCGCCGUCGAAAACCUCAUGUACCACAUACAAUUAUUGGAACAUCAAGUUGGUGGUCACUUUGAGCCAAAUUUAUAAGUUGUUAUAAUAAACGUUUUUCAUUGAUAUUUGGUGUAUUGCUAUUUACUGUUUCAAUUUCAGUUAUAUAUUCUUUUUCACACAUUAUGCGCUAGCAGCGCCAUAAUUUCC